AUAAUCUCACUUAUAAAAAUGCCACCAAAGAGACGAAAAGUUCAGCUAAGCGAUAUGCACGGAAUAAUUGUGAUUAUUCAUUCAAAGCAUUGGAAAAAAUUGUUCCUGAAGCAUUAAAUUCUGUUUCUUUGGAACAAAUUAGACGAUAUGCUCGUCGUUCUUGGAGGUUUAUGGAUGCAUACAGAAAAGGCUUAACAG